AUUGUACGUCAUCGGUCACUCGAAAUUUUCACGGAAAUAAACUGCGCAAGCUGUGUUUUCUUCCGAGCCAACGGCAUAGGAAUAGUAUAACGGCUGUUCUGUCGAUUCACGAUUUCCUUUAUUGAUAUCGAGGGCCGAGGAAUCAACCCAAGCAUGUCUAAUUUUGUUACGUUUCAGACGCAGUUAGUGUCCAUCAUGGAGAUACUGGCUAAGGCAGCGGUGGCUGAAAUCAACCACCGUGUUGAAGACAGCUGCGCUGUUUUCCGUUUGGAAAUAUCUCAGAGUCAGAAGGAGAUCGAAACACUGAAACACAAACUACAGGUGCUGGAGCGCGAGUUUAUGAAGACGCGAAGGAAAAAAACAGUUUGUUCCCCCUCUAUGGUGGAACAUUGCCCCCCUGCAGAGAGAUUCUUUGGGCAGGACUGGGGCUUCAGACCAAGGAGAGGAGCAAAACCUACAGCUGUGGAAGAGGUGGACACACCUCUACAGUUUGGCAUCACAAGGAGCCAGUCCAGACCAUUUCUUAUCAAGAAGGAGAGACUGGAAGAGGACUGUUACAUCGAUCCACUGCCCUCACCUACUGCAGAGGAACAGGUAACACAGCCCACACCUGUAGAAGGGGAACAGGAAACCGAGCCCAUACCUGCAGGAGAUCCAGAGGAGCUGAGUGAGCAGCACAGGUGUGAACACGGUGAUGAGGAGCUCAGUGAACUGGAGUUUGUGGUGAAGGCAGAGCAAGAGGAAGAGCAUGUAGCCCGGAGACUCAGUCAGUCAGGAUGUGAACACAGUGCAGGAAGACUCAACAAUCUGGACUCUGAGUAUGUAAUGUAUGAGAGAGACAGUCAGGUGUGGACUUCCUUUACUCAAGGGGACAGUGACAUAGAAACUGAUGAUCCAGUUUGUUCUAAUGCUACAGAACAGUGUUCACCGAGUCACAGACAGCUACGACAUACUUCUGCCUCCAUGGAAGUCUCUGGAAACACACUGUCCUCUUUUGGGCCUUCAUAUGUUGAGGAGUUUGAUAAGAUGAGUGAGAAGCCGUCUGUUUGCAGUGAGGAGCUCAGAUCAGAGGCCAUUCACACACAGCAGGGUCAGUACAGAGAGAGACUUGUGCACACAGUGGAGAGAGAGAAUCAGACAUUACUGCCCCAGCAGCAGCACCAUGGACCCUCAGUAAAACACAUGAGAGGCAGCGAGAGCCCAGCCCAGCCACACUCAGGCUCUCAGUAUGAGACCGGCUCUACUCUGAGUACCAGUGCUUUCAGUGCUGGGAAGAAGGGGAAGACUGAUGAUCAAAAGAUGAACGCCUAUCAAAGGGCAUUCACGGGGGAGAGACGGUUCUGUUGCACGUUCUGCGGGAAGAGCUUUACCCGUUUCAGUCACCUGAAAGAGCAUCACCGCAGUCACACGGGGGAGAAACCGUACAGUUGCGCAGAGUGCGGGAAGAGGUUUUCCAAGCAAAGCAAUCUCAUCAGGCACACGAUCGUCCACAGCGGGAAGAAGCCUUUUCGCUGCAUGCAGUGCGGGAAAUGUUUUACCCAGAGAUCCAGUCUCAAGUCGCACCAGAGGAUUCAUACGGGACAGAUGCCUUUUCACUGCAUACAGUACAUGUACCCUGAAGAAGAGGAUUUUCAUCAUGCAGUCUAACUCCGCUGUAUUUCCCUGUGGAGUGGUACGGCCCCAACCUACUGCAUUUCGCAGAAGAAAAAGAAGAAAUUAACUGCUUUCACUGACACACGCCAAGUUUCCACAACAAAAAAAUGUGAUGUGCUGAGCUUAAGAGUGAAAACUCUUUCUGUUAGCUUGGUUUCCAUGAUUUAAUUUUGUGCCUGUUACAAAUGGAAGGCUGUUUGUGGAAUUAUUUCAGGUUUUCAUUAUUUUUUUUAUCUUUUAUUUGUGCAUAAGUAAAACAUGGGUAAAAUAAAAUAAUAUGAAGGAGGAAAAUAAUAAUAAAAUUGAAAGAAAAAGAAGAAUAAAUGUGCAGGUGAGGUAGAAACCCAAGCUGAGCUUUUAUCAGAACUGCACCCUCAAAAAUUUACAGAAACAUUUUUUAAAGGUUUUAAGUUGCCUUAGAUAUUAAGUAUUUAUCACUUUUAUGUGCACAAAACUUGCAGUUUUAAAUUGGUUAAUUUUAGGGCUAACACAAGUGAAUGUCUGCUGUUUAUAUUUCAAUGACAGACUGUUCACUUAGUCACCACUAAACAGAAAUAUUUGCUCAGAUAGAUGGAUAAAAGAAUUAAAGCCAAGCAGGAGGCUUCAUUAAACAGUUUCCAAUAUCAGGAUUGUUUUCACUGCAGAAGCCACAACCCUGUAUAAUAUUUGUGAGUUAUAAUAUUUAGCUUGUUGCUUUUUUGUUGAUACUGAGUCUCUUCACCUUAGUACAGGUGACAGGUGUGUAGAUAGUUACGUAUAUGGUUAAUAAAAGUGAGUUACAAGAAGGACAUUUUUCCUCAUAGAUCAGAAAUGUUAUUUGAAAAUGUAAAAAUUAUAAAGUAAAGUUGGAAUUUGGGCUUGAUUUGUAAUGCACGUUUGCUCUUAAUGUGGGAUACAGUGUGUUUGCCAUCUUGUUACAAUAUAAUUUGAUACUGAAACACGCAGAAUUAAUGGUGAUGUUUGCUAUAACACCCAGAAUCAAUGGUCAUGUUUGAUGCUGAAACACCCAGAAUCAAUGGUGAUGUUUGAUGCUGAAACACCAAGAAUUAAUGGUGACGUUUGAUGCUAAAACACCCAGAAUUCACGGAGACGUUUGAUGCUGAAACACCUUGAACUAUUGGUGGUGUUAAUCACCCAGAUUUGUGAUCCAUGUUUAUCCUGCAUGUCCGUGGAUACCCGUUAGCAGGCAUGUGCAUAUGGUAGGAAUGGUAUGCUUGGGCUGCUUUAACACUGGACCUCUUAUACCACCAUAAUCUGUCCUGAUAAGUAAGAAGUGACAUGUGCAGAGUGACCACUAUACAAAAAGGGGUGUUCUGUGAUUUUUAUUAAAUUACACAGUGAUGUUGGGAGCUUAUAUUUUGCAGAAUCACAGUUUCAAUGUUUUUUUUUAAUGCAUGUCUACCUUUUUAUGAAUAAAAUUGUCAUUUUGGUGAUUGUACCGGUGUACACUUGCAGUGCACCUAUGACGUGUGUUUAUUUACUGAAUACCAUAUAUAAAAGAACAUUAACUUGG